GUCAAAUCGUGACAACAAAACAAAUGGUGAGGUUAUCAAAAAGGUUCUACGAAAUCCCUAAACUUUGAUUUCUCAAGCCAUUUAUUUGUAGCAGUACUUUUAUCAACAAUUAUAUUAUAACCACUAUGACUCGUUGGUUAGACGUUGAAGUUGGUAAUGAUGACAUAGAAAUUAAUACUUUGCCGUCGAACCUUGCUCUCGUUGAUCUACACAAUGAUAACGAAUAUAAGUUGCUGAUUGGUGACUUAGGGAAAGGUGAAGAAGGUCCGAAGCUUAAGGUUUUUAGAGGGGCAAUGCAACUGUUAGAUUUGCCCCUGCCUGAUUUGCCUCUGGGUGUUGUUGGGUUUUAUGCUUCUGAUACAGUGCCCAGAAUUCCACCUGUGGUAGCAGUUGCAUUCAGUUCUUGCAUUUACAUUUAUAAGAACAUGAAAUUAUUCUAUAAAUACUAUUUACCAUCAAUUGACCUAAGUACUAGUGAAUCGGAAAUUUGGAAACAGAUAAUGGACCCACAAAACCACAAUGAGGAAGUUAUACCAAUUCUCACAGAAAAUCUGAAAGCAGUUCCUCAUAAAGUACUCAGUGCAGAAUCACGUAAUUUCCUCUCAAUGACUUUGGACCAGCAGCUUGAGUAUGUGGAACAAAUGACUGAAAUGCCUUCAAGGAAGAUACCUGAAGUGGCAUGUAUUACAACAUUGAAAAUGCAUUCAAUUGAACGGCAGUCUGUUAGCUGUCUGGUUGUUGGCACUGAAGAUGGGGAGGUGAUAGUGUUGGAUCCGCAUACAUUUCAUCAAUUGUCCAUUGCCAAGCUGUGUGCUAUCAAAAGAACACCAUACCAAAUGGUGACAACUGGUCUUUACAAUGUUGACUACAGAAUCACAGUUGCAACAAGGGAGAAGUCCGUAUGCGUUCUGAAGAGGGACUGGUCGGAAGGCCGCCUGCUGUUUGCGACGGACGAGCACAUCGUCGCCCUGGAGGUCAUGCCCACUGACCACAGCGUGCUCGUCAUUUGUUGCGAUAACACAUUGUCUUGCUACAGUAAGAAGGGUAAGCGUCAGUGGUCCUUGUCGCUGGAGCAUCGGCCAGUGGCGCUGACGCUAGUGCCAGUAGUGGCGCUGGGCGUCACUCUAGCGGCGGUGGCGCUGGCUUCCGGCCACGUGCAUCUGUACGACGCUAAGGCCAGACGCGACACUAUGUUCGUCAAAGAUGCCGCUUCAGUCAUGAAGUUUGGCCAGCUCGGUCAGGAGGAGCACGUUUUUAUUACGAUUACAAAGAGCGGUAAUUUGAUGGUGAAAAUAUUGAAACGCACGGCGGACUUCAACGCGCACGCGGCGUCCGUAGAAUCAGCUCUGACACCGGGCGCGGGAACGAAGCCCUGGUUCAUUCCCAAGAAGUCCAAGCUGUUCCUCGAGCAAUCCGUGCGGGAACGGGAGAACCCAAGAGCGAUGCACCAGAAGUUCCAGCAGGAAUUGAACAGUCUGCGUUUAGUUUGCGCGCGCAGUUUGCUGCAGGCGCACGAACGCGCCGAUAAUUGCGUCGCCGCCGGCGCACUCAACGCAGUACGUCUCGCUGCUGAGGUGGAAGGCCUUGGUCCCGUGUUUCGAGUGACUCUAAUUUUGGAAAACACCUCCCCUGACAAAGCAGCGAUCGGCUUAGCAAUACUUUUCCAUGUACCGCCGGCCAACUAUAAGGUCUCCAAUCCGUAUAUCAAGGUACCCUUACUCCCGCCGAACGCUAAACUCCAAUUCCCCACUAAAGUGGAGGAGAUAUUCGAGGACGCCAACCCCGACGUAUUCUUCCGUACGGUCACAGGGGAGGGGGGAGAGCGUUCCCUCGUUAAAAUAUUAUUGGUGAAGGAGGGAAGGACUUCCCCCGUACUCGCCGCUACUGUACUCAUGCCGCCCACGGAUCCUAUGAUGCUGCCAUAUGAGAAGAUGCAACAAGGUUUCGAGAACAUGGCGCUGGAAGCGAUGGAAGCUUAG